CCCUCCAGCAUGACUUCCAACUCUGAAAACCGGAACACCUACAUUACAGUUUACAUGCUCACUGUCCUAAUUGGCUUCCCCACCAACCUGUUGGCCCUCUAUGCUUUCAUCCAGAAGAUUAGAGUCAAGGCCACACCCAACUGCAUCCUUCUCCUCAAUCUGACCAUUUCUGAUCUCUGCUUCCUGGUUUUCCUCCUCUUCAAGCUUGCCGAGCAGAUUGCUGGCCGCUGGGCCUUCCCCACUUUUCUUUGUCCCUUUAGUGGUCUUGUCUACUUCAGCACCAUCUAUUCUAGCACGCUCUUCCUCACUGCGGUAAGCGUGGAGCGCUAUCUGGGGGUAGCGUACCCCAUCCAUUACAAGCUGAGGCGUCAUACAGCCUAUGCCCUCAUUGCCAGCCUGAGCCUUUGGAUCUGCUCUUUUGGCCACUGCAGCAUUGUGUAUAUCACUGAGUUGAAACGGGAAAACUAUUCCCUACCAAGUGUGCCCAACAGCAAUGUCUGUUACGACAAUUUCACAGAGAAGCAACUCCAGCUCCUGCUCCCUGUUCGCCUGGAGCUCAGCAUUGUACUUUUCCUAGUGCCAUCCCUGAUCACCUGCUUCUGCUAUUUUGGCUUUAUAAGAAUCGUGCUCUCUUCACCGCACAUCUGCAGGAGCAAAAAGCAACGAUCUGUGGGGCUGGUAGCAGCCACUUUAACUAUCUUCAUUGUCUGUUUUACACCCUACAACAUCUCCCAUGUGGUGGGUUUUGUUGAGUGGAAAAGUCCCGACUGGAGAAUCAACGUCUUGCUUCUCAGCACUUUCAAUGCCUGCUUGGACCCCAUCAUCUUUUAUUUUUCUUCUUCCGCUGUGCAGCGUUCAUGCCGUAGCUUUUGGACCAGAAUAAAACAGAUUUGCACGUUGCCUCCUUUGCUCCAUAAGCUCUUCAAUAGAGGGACUGAGAGGACAGGUCCUCAGGAGCAGGUGUGCUCUUCCCGGCUAUGACCUCCCGUUUCUUGGAAGAUU